AUGCCUUUCCGUGUGGUUGAGAACAUGGUUGCCAUGAAGCCUCUACAGUGCCCUGUGGCCCAUGUGUCCCCUUGUGAGGUGUACAUCCUGGGAGUACUGCAGAGGGGCCCCAGGGUCCUCUGGGGCAUGCCCAUGGCAGCAGAACAGGCCAUAGACACAGGUGUUGAACAGCCCCUUUUCUGUCUUCCUGUCUUACAGCUGAACCUCAACCGGCCGAUUGAGGAGCAGGGACCUCUGGAUGUCAUCAUCCACAAGCUGACUGAUGUCAUCCUCGAAGCUGACCAGAAUGAUAGCCAGUCCCUGGAGCUGGUGCACAGGUUCCAAGACUACAUCGAUGCCCACCCAGAGACCAUCGUGCUGGAUCCCCUGCCUGCCAUCAGGACCCUUCUCGACCGCUCCAAGUCCUACGAGCUCGUCCGCAGGAUCGAGGCCUACAUGGACGAUGACAGAAUCUGCUCACCACCCUUCAUGGAGCUCACAAGCCUGUGUGGGGACGACACCGUGAGGCUUCUGGAGCAGAAUGGCCUGGCUUUCCCGUUCAUUUGCAAAACCAGAGUGGCUCACGGCACCAACUCUCAUGAGAUGGCUAUCGUGUUCAACCAGGAGGGCCUGAAUGCAAUACGGCCACCCUGCGUGGUCCAGAAUUUCAUCAACCACAACGCUGUCCUGUACAAGGUAUUUGUGGUUGGCGAGUCCUACACCGUGGUCCAGCGUCCCUCACUCAAGAACUUCUCUGCGGGCACAUCAGAUCGUGAGUCCAUCUUCUUCAACAGCCAUAAUGUGUCAAAGCCGGAGUCGUCAUCAGUCCUGACUGAGCUGGACAAGAUCGAGGGUGUGUUUGCACGGCCAAGUGAUGAGGUCAUCCGGGAGCUCUUGCGGGCGCUGCGGCAGGCACUGGGCGUGUCCCUCUUUGGAAUCGACAUCAUCAUCAACAACCAGACGGGACAGCAUGCCAUCAUCGACAUCAAUGCCUUCCCAGGCUACGAGGGUGUGAGUGGGUUCUUCACAGACCUCCUGAACCAUAUCGCCACCAUCCUGCAGUGCCAGAGCACCACCGCAGGGGAUGCAGCCCUGCCUAAGCACAGCAGGCUCCCGGCUGAGCAGGCUCCUGGCUCUGCGGGUGAGCGGACACGCGGCGCCAGCCCCAGCCGCUGUGGCUCGAUGGGCCAAGAGGCACCCUGGAAGGCCGAGGCCGACACAGGCGGCACUGCCAAGCUGCCGCACCAGAGACUCGGCUGCACCGCCGGUGUGUCACCCAGCUUCCAACAGCACUGCGUGGCCUCCCUGACCACCAAGGCCUCCUCUCAGUAGCCUCGGAGCCAGGACCCAGCAGGGCGCGGGGACACCGCAGGCUGCAGCGCCGACAGUGAUGCUACUACUAAGAGUUCCCAGUGAUCUCGUUCUUGUUUUAAUUUUUAACCUGAUUUUCUGAGUCCUGAUCUAAAUGAAGGUGGGAAGAUGGAGAAGCGUGCCACAUGUCCGCUUCCUGGCCUCCACCCACUCCCACCAUGCAGAGCUCUUGACUGGGCUCACACAUGCUUUCUCAACACUAGGUCUGAACGAGAGGAGGCGUGUGCAUGUGGUUGCCCUGCAGUGUGAAUGCACGGCUAUCUGCUGGUCCCACAGCCUCCGGUGAUCCCAAAGGGAGCUGGUCGUUGGCGUUGGUAGCCGGCAGCACUGAAUGGUUUCCCUUCUCUGCAAGCCUCCCACUUCUGGACCUGCUCUUUCCUGGUCUCCUUCCCACUAGUCGCCUCCAAGACUUGUGAGCCACACCCUGUCAGUGUGCAACCGACCACCCAAGCCAGCUCCUGCGGGAGUUCCCUGUGGGGAUCUGGGCUACAGCUCAUGGAAGGGAAGGAAAGAAACUUCCAGGCCCCAGACACACAUGCCCCUUUGCCCAGCACAGAGCUUCCUUCCCCAGCCAGCACUGCCACUCGCAUGAACCUGGCAGGGAGGCUGCCUGGCUGGAGCCCUGGGCCGACCCCACCCAGGCUCACCCUGUCCCAGUCAAGGAUUCGCGCUGCCAUUUUGGUUUGGGGCAAAUCAAUUCCAAAAAUCUCCUUUCCUCUAGAGAGCUGACUUGAUGCCCUAACCCCUGGGGUGCUGAGAAGUCACCCAGGCGAGGACAGGUGCAUAGCCUCUGCCUGACCCCAUGGGACUUGGAGCUUCUUCCCAGUGGGGGAGGCCACCCACAGGGUUCUCCCUGCUCACACCCAUUGGGCUGCCCUAGCCCCGUGGGCCUGACUGCCUCUCCUAUUCUCCUGGUGCCCCAAGCACUGAGCCAGCGGGUGCCAGGAGCUCUCCUCAGACUUGCAUCAUGUGGCAGCAGGCAGCCCCAUGCUCCAGUCUGAACCCAGGGCCCAGGCUAGCUGCCCACUCUGAGAGAGAAGGGCUGAGGGCGACAUGAACCAUAGUGAGAUACGUGGGCUCUGAGGAUGGCUUUGUGUCUCAAGAUGCCAGUUCACUUUGAAAAAGAGAAAAAGGCUGUCCCUGUCCUCCAGUGAGACAGGACACAGACAGAGCUGGGUCAGGAUUCCUUCAGCCUGGCCCAGUGGGGCAUGGGGCGCCCCCCUGAGGGAGAGGGACUGGACCUGGCAGGGGCAGGAACCAUUGGAACCACCUGGCUCUUUUGGAGUCCAAGAGCCCAGCGACUAACCAUGUUUACACGACUUGAGUGUUGAACCCUGAUUAAUGUCUGUAUGCCGCCCUUCCGAGUCCCCCCAGCCCCAGGGAAGCAGGAACAUGUGGCCGGCCUCUUGCACUGCUUGUCUCCAAAAUAAACUACUGAAAUCAAACUGCA